AUGAGCUUGAAAGAAGUAUUCGAACAACAUCCAUGGAGGUCAUUUAAGAAGUUCAAUGAAGCUGCAAAGAGUUGGGGAUUUACUAACAGAGCUGAAGUGAAAAGGUUCUUUGACAAAAAUGUUGUACAUCAAACAAAAAUAAACCCUUACGACUACUUUUUACCAAUUUACUCCAACACUCCUGACGCAUACCAAUUUGACACUCUCAUUCAAAGCAGAAAAGGAGGACAUAAACCAUUCCUCAUCUUCAUUAAUGUUAACACUCGUAAAGCAUAUGCAUAUCCAAUGAAAAAUAAAGGAACUCGUGAAGUGUUAAGAGUUUUACAAAAGUUUGUAGCAGAACAUAGCCCAAGUACUUUAACAUCAGACCAAGACAGUGCAUACCUCAGCAAUGAAAUCACAGAUUUUCUCAUUAAGCAUAACAUAACUCACUACACUACUGAAGACCAUAACCAUAACAUACUCGGCAUCAUAAACCGCUUCAUAAGAACGCUCAGAGAUUUAAACCAAGAGCGAGACUUUACCGAAGAAACAAUGAAACAUUUUCUCGAAGUAUAUAAUUCCUCAACACAUUCUACAACAGGACAUACACCAAAUUCAAUGACACAACAACAAGAAGAAAAGUAUAUACAAAAGA